AUGUGGGCAAAGAAGUAUUUGGCAAAAUUACCUCUAGAUACACCACCAGUGUUUGUUAGGAAUUCAAGACAAUUGAGUUCGUUUUUGCAACAAUUGAAGAUAGACCCAAUUCGACUGUGCGUGGAGAUCGUGGAGAAUGAAGAAACAAAUCCAAAAAAAGAUCCCAACGGUGCAAGUUCAGAGGAUGAUGAAUACGGUAGGUGUGGUAGAUUUACAUAUGACGAGGAAGAGAGGGAGGAAAAUCUGAAAAAUCUACCACAUAAGAAAAGAGGUUUGUCAUCGAUUCCUGAAUUUGUGAAGUUGGAAAUGCGGUCAGUAGACCUAGCUGUCGGGCAACGUUAUGAUACGAAAGAGGACUCGGAGAUGAGAUUGCAGAUUUUUUCGGUUGCACAUCAGUUUGACUAUAACGUCCGCAACUCAACACCAACAUUAUUGACGGUAAAGUGUUGGGUUGGAGGAUGUACAUGGAGGCUUUGUGCCUCAACAGUCGGACAGAGCCCCAAUUUCUAUGUGAAGACUUAUGUUGGAAAGCACUCAUGUUCUAUUACAGAACGUUCAACCCGUGCUCGUAAAGCAACGUUUAAGUUGUUAGGGCAUCUCUACAUCGAUUUCAUUGGUGGUGUUGGCCCAUCAGUGUUGCCAAGUCAUCUAGCCGAUGCUAUAACAAAACGAUUCAGAAUUAAGAUUUAUUUGUUUAGUGAUGGUAGAUUUAUUAUGUGGAAUACUGGAAAGCCCAUCGGACAUUAA